AUGCUGUACACUCUAGCAGGAGGGGGCACACUUUGUGGUGUGGCCGCCCUGGUGCUGCUGAUUGUCUCCACGGCGACUGAUUUUUGGAUGCAGUAUCGUUACUCUGGCAGCUCAGCUAAUCAAGGGCUAUGGAGGUUUUGCAUUAUGCGCAAGUGCCACGCCCACACAAUCACUGUGGCCUUCUGGGAUGCGACUCGAGCCUUUAUGCUGCUGUCUAUUCUGAGCUGCUUCAUUGGAGUGCUGCUGGGCCUCAGCGCCUUCGCCAACGGAACGAGUAGACGAGUAAGAGCUGGAGGAAUCGCACUCAUAAUGUCAGGUUUCCUUGCCCUGCUAGCUUUGGCUAUAUAUACGGGGGUGACUGUUAAUUUCUUCGGCAAGCGGUACCUUGACUGGCGCUUCUCCUGGUCAUACAUCUUGGCUUGGGUGGGCAUCAUCUUGGCCUUUGCUGCAGGGGUGUUCCAGAUGUGUGCCUAUCAGAAGAAUUUUUCUGCGCCACCCGCACCCAAUGACACAGAAAGUUAG